AUGAACCAAUUAUGUAUUCCCGACAUCGACAAUGAAUCGAAUAUCGAUAGAGUAUUUUCAACAGCAUCGAGCAUCAAUCGUACGUUUCAAAUGAUGAUGGCACCAUCAUGUUUUUCUAACGACGAUGGCAUCGAACGUCAAUCGUACAUUUCCAACGACGAUGGCAUCAAAAAUAAAUCAUGCACUUCCGACAACAAUGGCAUCGAACAUAAAUCGUGCAUUUUCAACAAUGAUGGAACAAUGCUAUUUGUUUUCAUAUAUAUUGAGUGUACCUAUAAACUUCUACUACCACCAUUAAGUGAAUUUACCUUUCCGAAAGAAGGAAAGAAGAAAAUAAACAUCUUUAUAUUCUUCAGAAACAACAUUCAACCAUGCAUACAAAGCUUAUUCGACAGUAAAAAUCUUAAUCGUCCCAAAAAUGGAAUGGUAUCGAAGUACGUGGGUAAGCUGUGGAAAAAAAUACUUGAUGAAGGGUAUAAAAAAGAAAUGAAGCGUCUUUUCGAUAACUACUAUAAAAAAUUCACUAUCAACUAUGAAAUAGUCGAACAGAAUAAGCACCUAAAUGGAAAAGCCAAAAGCAAAAGAUCGAAUAGAAAAAUUAAUCAUAAAAAAGUUAUUCAAACUUCCCUCGAGGAAAUGUCCUUCGAGGAUUCGCUUAAAUAUCAAAACCAAAUGACGGCUGUGAGUGAACGUUUCGAGCCGGGUUCCACUCUAAUGCCACACCUAGAAUAUAUGUGGGAAAUGCCUUUCGAAGAAACGCCUAAAUAUCAAAACUAG